AUGAGGCGGCCGAUGCAGCAGGGCGCCGGGCACGUAGACCUUCUACAAGUUAGUUACGGACUGCAAACAAUAAGGGAGGGAGGGGACUUACCUGAACGUUCUGAAGGACUACCCGUAAUGGGCGCCAAGGGGACCGCAGAGGCUAUUCCAUCCAUGUUAGUACAGAAACCAAAACAAGAGGGGGAGAGAAAAAUUACCACGGAGCGAACAGCGCGCGCCUUCGCCACCGAAGUGGCAGUUGGUGCAGCUCCCAUGGAGGAGCCCCUCCGCCCGGACACAACCCGCAAACUGGCCGUAUCCGGCCGCGCAGUCAGUACACGGCGGCUGGACAAGCUCGCCGACCGUAAACCCUACGGCCGCCUCGAGGUUCUGCAUCCUCGCGAGGUUCGGCAGGUCGGAGGAGUCGAGGGCGCGAAAUUCCAAGUGGCGGGCGUCAGGGAGGGCGAGCACAGCUGCAAGGGCGCGGGAGCGACGGGGUUCCUCCAGGAGGCUAGAGCGCAGCAGCUGCAGCGCCAUCUGCUGUUGCGGAGUCGGGGAGUCGAGCACAAUCGGACGCGGUGA